CGGAUGCUGUAAUAUCUGCAGUAUCCGUACCAUUCGACAACAGUUUCGACUGCCGCUCUCCCACUAUCAACCUUCUGUCGUUCUACAUGAAGUUCAUCACACCAUUGGCCCAGAUUUUGCACCUUGAUAGCCAACAAGCCAAUGACCAUCAAGCUCCUAUCAACCGUAAUGGUUCAAUGUCGCCAUCAUACCUUGAGGAGGCGACCGUUGCUGAAACCAGCAACUUUAAUCCACAAUCUUGGGUUACAAUAUAACAACCACAAUUACAAUCCGCGCAGCUCGCCACCGAAACAUUUCAAGGGUUGUUCUCGACCAUGACCCAGCCAACAAUGGGAGAUCUACCACACUAGACCCUUGAUUUUCACUGUAUAUUCUACAAAGGAGAAUAAAAUUCUUCAUAUCAUCGCCACAAGCCACCAUGGGCUGCUGUCGAUGAGGCUUCGCGAGGCUUUUUAUAUUUCUAAAAUGCCCGAGUGUUGUCGUGCAGCAGAGUACAUCAAAUCACAAACUACACUUGGUCUAAAUUGCCUCGUGGAAUGACGCCAAGCAUGAUAUGCGCACCUCAAUGGAUGCACAACUGGGCAUCACGAAGCAGAGACCAACCGCCACGUACUUGUUUACUGUAUUGCAUUACUAUCUCACGCUGCUGUAUGGCGUCUUUUUUCUCAAGUUUUAGAGCAUGUCCACAACCCUGCCGUCUCCUGAAGUAGCGCUUGUGUCAGUUGAAGCGUCGAUGACCUGAAGGAGCCUUUAGGCGCUACGAGUCAAACCAGCCUGUGCGCUCAGCGUCUUACCCCAGGUUCACCGGGAAUUGCACUGCAGAGAGGGAGCGAGAUUGACAAUGGCCGGCCGCCUAUCGUGAUCAUCAACUAACACCAGCAUUCAGAGCCAUGCGUCGCUGAUCUCUUGGACUUCUCAGCAAAGCCAUUCCUCUUUCGAUCAUGCCUGCGUCUGGGGGCGGAUACGACAAGGGGCUCGGAGCGAAUCAUUCUCUACCAUUGAUCUGCACUCCAUCCAACUGCAUCCCCGUCCUGUUUCUGCCGCCUGACCACUUAUUCCAACCUCUUCGAAAACAACAAGGUCGCAUUGUCGUGUAUCACGCCCAUUUCGCUGCUCCUAGUUUGUGGUCUCUGGCACUAGCGGGUCAAGACUGCCUCUGGGGUGCAUGUUGUCAACAUUGGUUCCCUUUGAAGUAAGCUUGACAAGACGCCAGUACUAUUCCCCAGAUUCUUGUGGAAUAAACGACGCCGGGGCCUGGUAGAAGAUAGCAAACAUGCAUAAUCUUUCAGUCAUACAUGGCGUAUCCUGCACUCUCUGAAACACGCCUGGUUGGGUCGUACUGUCAGGUCUUAUCUAACAACGUUUCGAGGCAGUUUUGACAUAUCCACCAAUACGAUGUAUUGAAGACGCAAUCGAACGCAACAUGCUCAGAGUAUUGCCUUUUAAUCGCCUGUCGGGAGAUAAUGGCUAUAUUGUUCGCCAAUCAACAAUUUUACUCGGCAUGUCGCGGCAAUUGUGCUAGUUAGGUUUCAUUCGGGCUUUCAAGACCGCCUCAAUCAAGGUUUCUGCCAAUGGCCUAUAAUUUCUACGAUGCUACAGCGAUUUUGCUACCCGAAAGACCACGGUGCAUUUUUGAGGAGCUGUGAAGAUUCAUGGCCGAAUCAGAAGUUCACACAACAGCGCUGAUCUCACGAUACGUCCACAGCGCAUUGACGAUCAAUCGCGGCGAUGACACUUGAAGAUAUACGGAAUAUUCAGUCCAAGUCUUGCAUAUGUAUUAAUGGCCGAGGUAAAGUACGGCCCCCACUCAAUUGAGUGAAUAUCUAUUGUCCAGAUAACUCGGGUUGCAUCUGUCGUCACUUGAGCGCCCGCAGCUGCAUCAACCAAGAUAUGGCGCAUACGAUGCAGAUUCAUCACACAAUCAAGUCUCCAUCGUACCUUUUUUGAUAAGAUAAACAGCCGAAGGGUCCCCCCACGAUUUCAUCAGCUCGUCCGAGAUUAGCAAUGCCUGCUGUUAGCUCGUCGGACAGAGCGACCAGAUUGGAAGUUGAUCCAUGGAUUUGGUCUUCGGACACGGUUCCAGCCGCCCAGCCCGCAGCCAGGUCAUGAACUCUAUUAACCAAACUUUCCGGUCUAGAACGGUGAGCUUUACUUAAUUGAGCACAGAAUUUUGUUGUCAGCCGUCGACGCCGAGAAUUAUUGAGUAUGAAAGGUUUUCGCCGUUGGCUUACUACGUAACCUACGCCGUACUCAUACAUGAUGGCAUCAGGAACCACAAAGAACGCUCCAAAGCUAAUGAACAGGGGACGAGGCUCGAGGCACUGGCUACGCGGGAACCAGGGAACUCGUUUGUCCGCAAACUCAAAAGACUCAAAUUGUAAAAGUCCACAUCCUUCGAUCUUAUUUGGGAGUUGAUCCGUAGUAUGUGUAUGGACAAUCGACAAGAUUGCGGGAAGCCCGGUUCACUCCUGGCAGUUCUCUCAUGUGUGGGAGUAGACACACAGUAGCAACACAUUGAUCACAGCGGCAAAGAUUGCGCUACCAAUCUCACAUCUCAGCAGCUGCCUCGUGUAAGCGAACCGCUGGGGAGAGAGCCAGCCUCAUCCGAAAGCUGCAUUCUUUUCGUCGAUUCGCUCAAGGCUGCAGGUCAGCAAUCCCAAAUGAGAUUAACUCACAAAAGCAGAGUCAAUAUAUUUCCGUGUUGAGAGUUUGUGGCGUUCACUGUCAUCCCAAAUCGAGGAGCUGCGCAGCUUCAGCUGCAGUCCUGCCCAACCAUUCAAGACUUGUAGAGUCACAUCGAGCCCCAGUCCAGGAUGAGCACUUACAAGUCGGUGCAGCACAUCACCAGAGCAGAUGAACCAUCUCAGCUGGGGGUUCGAGCUGUUGCAAGGGUUCAGAACUCCAUUGAAAAGAUAUUGAAGAUUGGCGUGGUCUGGUGGUGCUGUUGAUGGUGGGCUCACCGAUCACCUCACCCUCCGACCAGGCUGUCCAAGCCCUCUAGUAGGCGCUCGUGGUCUUGGUCUACCAGCCCCUAUUUCUAACGAAGUCCGUGCAAAGCGCAGUGGCGGGAUUUAAGUGAGACUUGGACAAAGGUCUAGCCAAGCCGCAGACAAUCUGCGCACAAUGAAGCUCACGAAGUGGAAGAACAAUUAAUUUACAAUGCCACUUUCCCUCGAUCGCUGCGCCAAGUUAAGCUGCGCUACAAGUACUCGAUCGACGAAAAAGAAACUACUAGCAGAUCGCCCGCCUGGGAUGACGCGAGCACCGUACAUAGACGGCUGUAUCUUCAAGGGUCCAAGAGCUUGGACAAAAGGCUAGCAGGCCACGUUGGUCGUAAACGCCAGCAAAGAUCACUAUUCUUCGUCAGGGAAAGGUUUUCCCGACAAGCUGAAGAGUUGAGAGAUUGCACUUGCCGAUGCAUGCCGGCUUGGGUCGGUCGCAGCAUCUGUUGAGCAUACCAUUUUGUGCUGUACCGGGAAGCUCUGUGCCUUGCAGCAUCAACAGCGAAUGGGCUUCGGGUACAUCCUCCAAGUUUCUCAUGCAGGUCAACUUUAUGGGAUCGUGAGAGGCAACCAACAAAACGAACACAGCCAGCCGCAUUCAGAAAUUGGGCGAUAAGACCGAAAAAUGCAUUCUCUGGGUGUGGUGUGGUCUGACUGGAGUGGUUGCCUCGUGCCCAAUGGCUAGGUGAGCCAUCUCAUUCAUCAGAUAGCCACUAUGAUCUGACAAGAUUGAGGUUCAAGUUGAUAUGAAAAUUUUCUUGAUCCCGAAUUUUCAGUCCCCUGAGCCAUUGUCGCUAGGGAAUAGCACGGCGAAUCCCUUACUCUCCACCAGAGCCUGACAGGAUACCUGAUCCUAUGAGUAUUGUUAGCCAUUCAUUGACCGUGCCAAGAGAUAUCCCCAGAGUUGACUGUAGGUUGAAAGCGGGUGCAUCAGCUUAGGGCAUCAAGGCUCCUUGACAGGCACUGGGUCAUGGAUGACAAGAAUAGUCUGAACCUGGUCAGUCUGCCAAGUUGGGCAUGAUCUACAAAAGCCUAUCGCUACGUACCUUGCCGUCCAAGGCUAGAGGCUGAGCUAAAACUGCUAGAGCGUUGUUUAACGACACACCUUCGACUGGCUGCGUAGGGCUCAAGGCUCGACAGAGGGGCUUUGUCCACUAGCCGUGGCUCCCCGUGUGCAAUUUUUUAUGGUUGCUUUUUUCUACGGGUGUCCCUUUCUGCAGUUUGGAGCUGCUAAGAGACUUGUCCCAGAACGUGAAAGCGCUGUCUGAGAAUGCCAAGCUUCAUUUCAUUGAGACUGGGGACAGAGAAUGAGAUGACCAGAUCGGCCGAUUGCUUGCAUGACGACAUGAACUUUUCUGUUCCUCUGGUUUCUGUCUUCCCUGUUCUGUCGCUCUGUUUGGGGCCAGACUCGAGCAAGGGCAUGAAGCUCAGUCCUCGUGAGCUGAUGCCAUCGUGAGAUUGGGUUGUGCAAUGAGAUCGGAUUCCACUGGAGUGGAGUCCGGAAAGCUUUUUUUUUUUUACUUUUCUUCUU